GCAUUGCAGUAGUGGCAAUUUUUUUAAAUGUUUCAUCACAUUUUAAUCGCUUCUUUUCAAAAAACGUAUUGCCGAUUACGGUAAAAGAACUUACAAAAUACUUACUUUUGUAGGUAAAGACAACAUAAAUUAAGUAAUGGCAGAUGCAGGUACAGAAAAGCUAUCAAAAAAUGAGCUGAAAAGGCGACUAAAAGCUGAACAAAAGGCAAAAGAAAAGGCAGAUAAAGUUGCGCAACAACCACAAGUAACUGCAGCUGUUAAAAAAGUUGCCGAAGAGGAGAUAAGCCCAAAUGAAUACUUUAAGUUACGUAGCCAGGCGGUUUCGAAAUUGAAACAGCUUGGAAAUGAACAGCAGCCGUACCCCCAUAAAUUUCAUGUGUCCACGUCACUUGAAGAUUACAUUGCCAAGUAUUCAAACCUACAAGAUGGGGAAAUUGUGGAAUCUGAUAGCGUAAGCGUGGCAGGUCGCAUCCAUGCGAUACGUGAAUCCGGAGCCAAACUUAUAUUUUAUGAUCUUCGAGGUGAAGGCACCAAAUUGCAAAUCAUGGCAACGGCAAAACACUAUUACGAUGAAGUUAAAUUUACAGAAGAUACCGAUAAAAUAAGAAGAGGCGAUAUUGUUGGUGUUGAAGGAAAUCCAACCAAAACCAAAAAAGGAGAGUUAUCUAUAAUGCCCAAACGAAUCAAAUUACUUUCUCCGUGUUUGCACAUGUUGCCCCACUUACAUUUUGGACUGAAAGACAAAGAAACCAGAUUUAGACAAAGAUAUUUAGAUCUCAUAUUGAACAACCGUGUGCGAAUUAUAUUUGAAACACGCGCAAAAAUUAUUGCAUACGUUAGGAAAUUCUUGGACCAACUAGGAUUUUUAGAAAUUGAAACGCCAAUGAUGAAUAUGAUUGCUGGAGGUGCGACCGCUAAACCCUUCGUGACGUAUCAUAACGAGCUCAAUAUGCAGUUAUACAUGAGAAUCGCACCUGAGCUGUACCACAAGAUGCUAGUUGUCGGCGGCCUAGAUCGCGUAUACGAAAUCGGCCGACAAUUUCGAAAUGAAGGUAUCGAUCUGACCCACAAUCCCGAAUUCACCACCUGCGAAUUUUACAUGGCGUAUGCGGAUUAUAAUGAUUUAAUGACCCUUACCGAGACUAUGAUCUCCGGAAUGGUUUAUAGUAUACAUGGAACGUAUAAAGUCAAAUAUCAUCCGGAUGGUCCUGAUGGUGAAGAGGUUGAAAUAGAUUUUACCCCUCCUUUUAAGCGAAUUCCGAUGUUGCCAGCUUUAGAAAAAGCUUUGAAUGUCAAGUUUCCAUCUCCCAAUGAACUUGUCAGUGAUGCUGGUGUCAAACUCUUAAGUGAUCUAUGCGUAAAGCACGAAAUUGAAUGUCCACCUCCUCGCACUGCGGCAAGAUUAUUGGACAAACUCGUAGGCGAAUUUAUUGAAGAAGGUUGUAUUAAUCCGACGUACAUCAUCGAACAUCCCCAAAUAAUGAGUCCUCUCGCUAAAUGGCACAGAUCGAUUCCGGGUCUAACUGAGAGAUUCGAACUGUUCGCGAUGAAGAAAGAAAUUUGCAACGCCUACACGGAACUAAACGAUCCGGUUGUUCAGCGUGAGCGAUUCGAACAGCAAGCCAAAGAUAAGGCUGCCGGCGAUGAGGAAGCGCAGUUGGUUGAUGAAAAUUUCUGCACUGCGUUAGAAUAUGGUCUUCCACCAACAGCUGGAUGGGGACUGGGUAUUGAUAGGCUGACUAUGUUUUUAACUGAUUGUAAUAACAUUAAGGAAGUUCUGUUAUUUCCCGCUAUGAAACCGGAUGAACCUAAUAAGGUAAAGGAAGAAGAUGCUCCUGAGGCUUAAUUUCGUUAAAAGAUGAACCUCUAAUUGUGGAUUGGUUUCCUCCAAGAGCUUUGUUUGGCAGACCGAGUAUUAAAAUCAAGAUUGUAUAAUUUUAAUAAAGUGAAUUCAAUCCCUGUUGAAA